AUGGAGACCGAGGCCAAAGGUGAGGACCGCGGGCGGCCGGACGGGCAGACGGAGGCGGGGCCGCGGACGGGACCGGACGGGAGGCGCGGGCGGCCGGGCAGGCAGACGGAGGCGGGCCGCGACGGACCGACGGAGGCGCGGGCGGCCGGGCGGGCAGACGGAGGCGGGCCGCGGACGGACCGGACGGGGCGCGGGCGCCGGGCGGGCAGACGGAGGCGGGCCGCGGACGGGACCGACGGGGGCGCGGGCGCCGGGCGGGCAGACGGAGGCGGGGCCGCGGACGGGACCGGACGGGCGGCGCGGGAGGCCGGGCGGGCAGACGGAGGCGGGGCCGCGGAGGGUACCGACGGGAGGCGCGGCGCCGGGCGGCAGACGGAGGCGGGCCGCGACGGGACCGACGGGGGGCGCGGGCGGCCGGGCGGGCAGACGGAGGCGGGGCCGCGGACGGGACCGUACGGGACGGAGGCGGGGCCGCGGACGGGACCGACGGGGCGCGGGCGGCCGGGCGGGCAGACGGAGGCGGGCCGCGACGGACCGACGGGGCGCGGGCGGCCGGGCGGGCAGACGGAGGCGGGCCGCGACGGGACCGACGGGGCGCGGGCGCCGGGCGGGCAGACGGAGGCGGGCCGCGACGGGACCGACGGGGCGCGGGCGCCGGGCGGGCAGACGGAGGCGGGCCGCGGACGGGACCGACGGGGGCGCGGGCGCCGGACGGGAGACGGAGGCGGGCCGCGGACGGGACCGACGGGGGCGCGGGCGCCGGACGGGCAGACGGAGGCGGGCCGCGGACGGGACCGACGGGGCGCGGGCGGGCGGGCAGACGGAGGCGGGCCGCGACGGGACCGACGGGGCGCGGGCGGGCAGACGGAAGCGGGCCGCGGACGGGACCGACGGGGCGCGGGCGCCAGGCGGGCAGACGGAGGCGGGCCGCGGACGGGACCGACGGGAGGCGCGGGCGGCCGGACGGGCAGACGGAGGCGGGCCGCGACGGGACCGACGGGAGCGCGGGCGCCGGGCGGGCAGACGGAGGCGGGCCGCGACGGGACCGACGGGGGCGCGGGCGCCGGGCGGGCAGACGGAGGCGGGCCGCGGACGGGACCGGACGGGGGGCGCGGGCGGCCGGGCGGGCAGACGGAGGCGGGGCCGCGGACGGGACCGGACGGGGGGCGCGGGCGGCCGGGCGGGCAGACGGAGGCGGGGCCGCGGACGGGACCUGACGGGAGGCGCGGGCGGCUGGACGGACAGAUGGAAAUGGGGUGGGUGGAUGGAGGUAGAUAG